AUGAAAUUAAUUAUUCUUGCUCUCCUUGUUUCCACAUAAGUCUUUGGUCUUCAAACGUCAUGCAACAAACUUGAUCCAAAACAAAUAAGUGACUUACAUGAUGCAGAAAAUUUAGUUUUCUCAGGAUACUUGAACAUAUUUGAGGAAUCUGCAAGUGUUUUGGCAUUUUUAUUUUAUGGACAUUAAUCAGCCAAAACAGUUGACGAUUUAAAGAAUUAUCCAACUUUGAUUUACUUGAAUGGAUUACUUGGAGAAACCUCUUAAAUAGGAAAUUUCAUAGAAGUUGGACCAAUCAGAAUUAAUUCAAAAGGAACCUUUGAGAAGAACGUUAACACUUGGAAUUCUUAAUUCAACUUACUAUUUAUAGAUCUACUUGUGGGAACAGGAUAUUCUUAUCAUAACACAUAUUAAGAUAUACCAACGAAUGCAGAAUAAAUUUCUGCUCAUUUUGUGUAUGCUCUUGAAUAAUUCCUCAAAGCCGAUGAUGGAUGUGUAAAAAAACAAAAAUUCACAGGUCUAGAAACAGCUGAUUGGUAUAUAUUUGGUGAAGGUUAUGCAGGAAAAUAAGUUGUCCAUAUAGCAUCUAAAAUUUUAGAUUCUUAAUCUGCAACAUUAAAUAAACAUUUGAAAGGUAUUGGACUCGGAAAUGCUCACGUUGAUGCAAACAGCUUACUUAGAGAAAUCCCCUCAUUUGCUUAUAACCUUGGGUUGGUUGAACCUAGAGAAAGAUCUGAACUAGAAAAAAUUGCCUUGAGAGGAAUUCAACAACUCGAUAAAAAGGAUUAUGAAGCUACUCACAUAACCAUCUAAACAGCCAUUGGAAUGAUUCAUCAAUUCAGUGGAGAAAUCAAUAUAUAGAAUAUAGAUUAAUUGACUGACAUUGAGCAACAUAUCUCAAAUUUCAAGACAUAUUUAAAUUUAUAGACAACCAAAGCUAAUUUAAAAUUUGAUGAAAAUAUUCCAUUUUAAUAAUCUUCAGGUGAAAUCAUUAAUGCAUUGGGCUAGGACUUUGCAAAACCAGAUGCACUCCCUAAAUUAAAAGAACUUUAAACAAAACUUAAAGUCUUAAUUUAUAAUGGUUAAAAUGAUAUUCUGUGUCCAAUCCCAAGCACUUUGAGAUAUUUAAGUUCAAUCAAUGAUGAUUUCAAAACAAAAAAAUUAGAAGUCUAAAUAGUAAAUGAUAAACCAGCUGGUUAUACCUUAACAUCAGGAUAAUUAACCUUUGUAACAAUUAAUAAUGCAGGUUUCCAUAUCCCAUUAGAAAAAGGAGAAGUUAUUUUAAAAAUAGUUAGCUAGUGGAAAUGA